GAGUCUAGUGGCCAAAAGCCAGAGAACGAGAUGUAUGUGUCAGUUGUGCCGUUUCUCAUCCUUCCUUGGCUGUCACGAAACGCGUCACCUCUCUGAACUACCCAUCUUUCCUCUUCCCCCUCUAAAUAUAGCCGUUACCGAUCACCACCACCGCCGCAUCAUUCCACAAUUUCUCCUGACUCAACAUGGUCUCUUCUCCAUCGCCUUCACCUGCUUCAAGCGCCCCUACCAGUUCCGAUCACGCGAUGCUCGUCUCUGUUUUUUUGGCUCUGUUUCUCCCAUGCGUAGGCAUGAGCGCAGUGUUCCUCAUAUAUCUUUUCGUCUUGUGGUUUUCAACAAGGAAUCAGUCGGAAUUUGCGAAGCCAGUGGCGGGGAAGGGGCUGUCGGAGUCGGAAUUGGAGAAGGUUCCGAAGGUUACUGGGAAAGAACUGGUGAUGGGGACGGAGUGCGCGGUGUGUUUGGAUGAAAUUGAGAGCGAACAACCGGCUAGGCUGCUUCCCGGUUGCAAUCACGGAUUUCAUCUGCAGUGUGCGGAUGCUUGGCUUUCGAGGAACUCUGUUUGCCCUGUUUGUAGAACUAAGCUUGACCCACAGUUCUUCGAUGCUUCACAAGAUAAUCCUUGCUAGAGGCCAUGUUUGGCUCUUCAGUUGCAGAAUUCAAGAUCAUAAAUUGUUUGUGAAAGCAUUGUUGAUUAGGGAUUUUUAGAAACAUAGUACAUUGUACUACAGAGAAUGUCUUGUUCUUGUUCAUGUGUAAACGUUGAUUAUAUUUUUAUUUUUCUCUCUAAUUUGUUCACAAAGUGGUCAUCAUCAUUUGAGUUACUUGAU